GAUGGAACUGGAACCAAACUUGGUAGUUGAAAUAAUUCCCUGUCGUAAGUUGCAUAUCCUAAACAGUAAUUUAUGACAUUUCAUUUUCGUCCUUAUGAUAUAAAGUUCAGUGUUUCUUUCAUUCUGUUUCAUGGUAAUGAUGCGUUGUAUAUGUUUUAGUGAAUGGAGGAAUCUGAGAACACAUAGUGAUUUAACCUUACCCUGUUAAAUGCUUACAUGAAUGUUCGUCCUGUUCAAUUAAAGAUAGCCAUGAUUAUAGGAAUGUUAUCUUUCUACAAGCAUGUUUGUGUGUAGAUAUAAACAUGAUUCUCACCACCCUACCUAAUUUGUAAUGCAAAUACUUGACUAAUGUUGGAUGUUGCACAACCAACUUUCCACUUUUAUCACAAAACUGAGAAGACUAGUGAAGUGGUUGGUGCCGGCGUGAAGAAACUUGAAGCUGCCAUGCAUGCAAAGUCUCCACAGGAAUGGCUAGAUUUGGAGAAUGAUGUACAGGCUGGUUCAGUACUCGGUUUUGGGAAAAAACUUGGAUCUAUUGUGGAGGUCCACAUGGAAGAGUAUGGCAAAGAAGCUGUCUAUUUUGAUGAAGCUGUUAGGAAGGCCAAACGGCAACUGCUGGAAUCUAGAAUAUUGAAUCUUGUCCAGCCUGCAUUCCAGAAAAAUUUGAGUCAUCUACGUACUAAGGCUCUUGAAAAAUUUAAAACCGUCCUUAAUCAAUCUCUUGAGAGUGGAAAAGGUUUCGCAGCAUCUGUUCGAGAAACUACUGAAUCCUCUCUCAGUGAAUUUAAUCAAGGGUGCGCAGGCGGCGACGACUACAAUGAGGAGCACAGUAGCAGUGAAGUCAGAACCGGCAAGCAGGGAGGAGGGCAACCAGCUUGAAAGCAGACUUCAUCCCGAGAAAGUUAAUUCAAGGAGGACCCUACAUCUAAAGGUUACAGAGCAGUUUAUAUCAUAAUUCCAUUGCUGGAUUUCUAGUUUUGCUAGAGCAUGGGUUCAUAUGAUACUUGCAAGUAUGGAAUAUUUUUUAUAUUAAGUAUAUCUAUUUAUUACAGAUUUGUCAUGCUACCAAUAAGUAAGAUUGGUUUUCUCUUCAUAAAGUAUAUGAUUCUAUUUCACUUUCUUUUUAUGUGAAUGCCUAACCAAAUACCAAAGAAAAUAUGGUUUAAUAUGUGGUGCUUGCGUGCUUUCCAUCGGACAGGCUAAGAAACUUUAUAUUAUAUCUUCUAUUAAAUGUCCCUCUCGGGUAGAGUUUUUUACUAGGCAUAAUUCUUUUCCCUGAACCUAAAUGACUCAUCCAAAUUUCUGACAUGACAAGAUUUGUUAGGUAAACUGGUAAAGUACUUUCAUAGUAUUUCUAAUGAUUUCAACAUUUUGUCCUACAUAUCGAUCUCCAUGAUAGUGAAGGUGGAGGUGAACAAUGUAUCUUCAAGAUAAUUUCUAGACUGGAUUACCUUUUAAAUUCUAAAUAUAUUAUUUAUCUCUGCCAGUUUGCUUAAUGCAAGACGCAAUUUUCUUAGUAUGAACCCUUAGAUUUUAGACUAUGAUUUAUAAUAUGUCAAUUUUAAUACCUCAUUUUCUCUUCAGUUAUAUAUUUUCUCCCUUUGUUGGUAUUUCAUAUCCAAUAAUGAGAUGUUUACAUAAUUUAUUUUGUAUAACAGAUAAGUUUAAAUUAAUGUUCCGCAUUCGAGCAGCCUUAAAAAUAUUGGGGCUGCAAUGACCAGAUUCAUACUAGGUUGUAUAUUUCUGUGUUAGAAAUAUUAUAUCAGUCAUCUAAUGAAUUUUGGGGAAGAUUGUAUGUGAACCCUACUUUGCCAGGAUUAUAGUAUGUGUUUUGAAAGUUAAGGUAUGUUCAAGGAUGGCACUAUGAUAGUUUUAUCUCCUAUUAUAUUUACCUGUAGUUAGACGCAAUAACAUUUUCUUAUAAAAGAUUGAUUUCUCCUUGGAUUUUACAUUGCUAUCAUAUUAUGCAAAAGGGUAAGUAUAGAAUGAGAUGAGCAUGGAAACUCAAUAUAACUACACCAAUGCAGUUUUAAUAUUUACCUUAUUAAUGAACAUACAGAUUAAUAAUUAACUAGGAUAGCUGUACAUUUCCUUCCUUUUUUGGCCAUCUUUUCUCUUUGUUUGGUUGUUUAUUCGGUCUUCUGCUCCUCGGGCGUUUCUUUUUAUGUACUUUCGCAUCUUCCUAAUGAUUUUUUCUAAUAUAAAAAGAACAUCACUUAAAGAUAUAUAAACUAAAACUGUGUGCAUCUAUUUAAUUACUCUCAAGGGUUGUACGUGGGAACAUAGGGGCGCGCCACACAUCGGCUAGCUCAUGGGUCUAUCCGAUUGGCCGGUUCAGGAGCUGUUGGAUCAUGUGUGUGGCCUCAUUCCGACCAGGGCCGCGUCCACACGAGUGUUUCCUAGAGGAAUAAUUUUGUUCAAAAAUUUCAAUGAAAUAUGCACUAUUGCAUAUAAAAUAUCUAGUCCGUGCAUCUGCACGGAUUGAUGACUAAUUCUCAUAACUAUGCUUAAUUUUGUCAAUUGCUUAACAGUAAUUUGUUCAUUCACCGUAGAAUACUUAUGCUCUUGAGAGAAGUUACUAGUGAAACCUAUGGUCUCCGGGUCUAUAUUUAUCAUAUUGAUCUUCUACUACUUAGUUAUUUCUGCUUUUUUACUUUGUUUUUAUUUUACUUUGCAUCUUUAUCAUAAAAAUAACAAAAAUAUUAUCUUUAUUAUAUCUAUCAAAUCUUACUCUUGUAAGUGCUCUUAUAGGGAUUGAUAACCCUUAUUUGCGUUGGUUGUGAAGAUUUAUUUGUUUUGUGCAGGUACGAGGGACUCGCGUGUAGCCUCAUACUAGAUUGAUACUGAAAUACUUACGCUACUUUGCUGCAUCAUCCCUUACUUUUCGGGAAAAACCAACGCAGUGCUUAAGAGGUAGCACGAAUCAAUAAAUUUGGGUUGAAUACUCUACCCUUGAAAACGGUUGCGAUCCCCUAUACUUGUGGGUUAUUAAGACUAUUUUUUGACGCCGUUGCCGAAAAGCAUAACUCUAUUCUUUGAGUCAUUUGGAUUUAUAUCUGCUUAUUAUUAUGAAGAAAUUGAAAAAUUUAAGAACCAAGAUUUAUCCUUCAACUACGAGGGGAGG